AUGAGGUGGCAGUCACAGAGGCACAUGCUUCUGCUCAAGAACUCAUUAAACCUGUCCAUUCCUUGUCUUGGAUCGUUGGUUGUGAGGGCUUGUGGCUACUGUUGUCUCCUCAGGCUUUGUCUCCUUCUUGGCCUUGUGAUAAAUGAACUUCCCAAUGGCCAGCACUCGCGGGCUCUGCUUUCAUUGGAGGAUGGCCACAACGUGAGAUAA